AUGGCUCGGAAUGCCCCAAGAACACCGACGACGAGCCAGCAGCAUCCGCCUUCUUCCACUGAGAGCAGCAACACCGUCGAUUCGCAAUUCAGCACGCGUAUCUUCAACACGAACCCCAACACGUCGGGCGACCCGACAAGUCGCAAGAAGCUCAAGAGCUGCCCGUCUGCUGAGCGGAGCAAUGCGGCAGUUCCUCUCGAUCGGCCUCGACGACAUAGCAGCAGCAGCAGCAGCCAUCGUGCCCCCGUGAAGAGUGACCUAUUAUCACGAUAUAACAAUAUCGACCCGCACAUGCCCCUCCAGGGAGGAGCUCCAAGCUUGUUGGAAGCUACUACGACUUCACCGACUAGGAUGAGACGGCAGCAAGCUGGAGGAGGGGGAGGGGACUCGUCAGACAGGCUAGACUGGGCGCCCCAGCCUGGCCUGGGCAAGGACUCGUCGUUGGGCCAUGUACCGCGGAUGGCCCCCUCGAACCCGGGAAGCACCGCGCCGCCGGGCGCCCAAGAAGAACCUCUCCUUACGCAGCAUGCUCCCGGAGAGAGGACAUCCAAGGUUGACGAUCAGAACAUCACGUCCCUGAGUAGGGGCAAGGCCAGCGAAAGAGGGCUGAAGAGGCGCCUGCCCAUUGGCGAGGCAGAGGCGGAGUUUAGCCAGAAGCGAUUGCUGGAUAUCGUCCAGGAUCUGGACAAGCUCGAGAGGGAGACAAAGGACUUUGGCAAACAGCAGCUCCAGGCGAUCAGGGAAGGGUUUGUCUAG